GUCGCGGGUGCCACCUGCCGUGCUGUGCUGCCAACAGUUCGGCAAAAGUUCGUCCGACCGAUGAGGGGCACACGUGUAGUGCGACUGGACUAGCAUCCCGACAAGUCGUCGCGACAAUCCGAACGCAAGGCUGGUGUUCCCCCUCUCCCAAUCAUCGCGAUCCUCGAUCUUCCCAAACCUAAUCAUGGCCGCCGAUCCAAUACCGAGCAAAGCCGCUCUCUCCCUCCUCGACAACAUCGCUUCCCUCAGCGCCGGUUUCAAAAAUGGCGAAAGUGGCGCAAGAGAAGGAUUGCUGGAUGCAUGUCGCAGCCUCAUUGCAGAAGUCAGUCACCCAUCAGAAAACAUGCUGCAACUACUCUGGGCGCAACCCGCACACCUGUCCACCCUCUGGAUGGCCGUCGAGGUAAAACUCUUCCAAGCCAUGCGCUCCAUCCCGGAGACUGGAGCCAGCAGCCUAGAAAUCGCAAGCAAAUGCGACAAAAACGUCGAUCCCGUCAUCGUCGCACGCAUGCUCCGGCACCUCGCCGCCAUGGGCACAGUGCGCGAGGCAGGCCCUGAUACCUUUGCCAAUACACCCACCUCCAGUGCCUUCGCUGAGCAAUCAUACCAAGACUCCAUUUUGUACAUUGCCGAAGACUUCCAGCCCGUGCACCACUCUAUGAAAUCAUACUUCGAACAGAGGAAUUGGAAAUGUCCUGAGAGCGGACUUGAUGCGCCAUUUCAGCAUAAUUACAAUUGCAAAGGGAGUCAUUACUUUGAGUACUUUCAGCAGAAUCCCGAAAUGGGGCGGAGGUUUGCUAGCAUGAUGGGUUCGUGGAGUAAGGGGCGGCCGAGGUGGUUUGAUGGGGGGUAUUAUCCUGUGAAGGAGAGAUUGAUUGAGGGGGCGGAGGGGAAGAAGCCGUUUUUGGUUGAUGUUGGGGGUGGAUCGGGACAUGAUAUCGAAGGUCUGCGAGAGGCGUUUGAAGGUCAAUUGCCGGGUGAGCUGGUAUUGCAGGAUCGACCUGAAAUCGUUGAGCUGGCGAAACUUGGACCUGGUGCUGAAGCGAUGCCACACGACUUCAUGACUGAGCAGCCUGUUAAGGGUGCAAGGGCGUAUUAUCUGCACUCCAUCAUUCAGGAUUGGAAUGACGAGGUUAAUACGCAAAUUCUCAAGGCGAUCGUGCCGGCUAUGAAGAAGGGGUAUUCCAAGAUUCUGAUUAACGAUUUUGUCCUGCCGGAUCAAGGCGCGCAUUGGGCGCAGACAUGUCUGGACUGGGAGCUCAUGGCUAGUCUUGGGGCUAGACAUCGUACGGAAGAGGAGCACCGCAAGAUGUAUGAAGGUGCGGGGCUGAAGAUGACGGGCGUUUGGCGGCAUCCGCAUAGUCUGGACUCGUUGAUUGAGCUUGAGCUGGCGUGAGGAGGUUUCGAGACCACAGCACGGUCGCGACUCAUCAUUUAUGAAAAACAACUUCUAUUACCUAGUACCCGCGGUAACGACCAUGACGGACG